AUGAGGAGGAGGCUCGAGAAUUCGCUGGUGUUCGGCACCGUGGAGGCGGUGUUCAGCAUGGCCGAGUACUUUGUGCUGGUGCUGCUCUGCCCCACGAUCGCCGGCCUGGUCCUCUCCGUUCUCGACACCCCGCCGACCUACCCGCGCGUCCUGCGCUCGCGCCUUGACCGACGUAAGGGGGUGUCACAGUGCGUGUUUUCGAGCGAGGAAGCGGCUACAGGGUUCGGCGUCGUGUGGCAGUGGGCGCAAACACUCGGCUGCAUCAUCACAAGUGAUGCGUUCGCAAUCGUGCUGCACGCAGUGCUUGCCGCAUUGGCGUGUGCGACGGUCGUGGGCUGGCUGCUGUACCGCACGGUGCGCCCGACGCAGGCCAAGAUUCGAGCUCUCCCCGAGUGGCUGGGAUUGCUGAAGCCUCGAGUGAGCUACCUGGCCAUGCAGCUGAUCGCCUACCAGCUCGUCGUCACUCUCCUGCUCGUCUGUAUUCAGGCGGCGACUGGAAGCUGGUACAUGGGUUUCUCCAACUUUUUCGCUCCGGACGCGAGCGCUGCCGAGGCUCACGGUGCUGGUGCUGCCGGAGAGGGUCCGAAAUUGGUGGGCUACUACAACAUCUUCAACCUCAUCUUCUUCGACCCCAUCAAGGAGGAGAUCAUCUUCCGGGGCUGCCUCUUCUACGUCCUCUAUCACAGGUCUCACAAGGCGGGCACCUGUGCGGUGAUCGCCAACAUUUUGUUUGGACUCUUCCACCUCAUCAACCUCUUCAACGGCCGGUUCUCGUCUGUUUACGUGGCGCUUGGUAUCGAGAUCGGCCUCUUCUACAGCGCUCGCUUUCUGCUUCUCGGAUCGAUUUGGGAAUCGAUCGCCCUGCACGUGGCCAACAACGUGAUCGCCAUGUGCAUCCCCAUCAAGGAUGCCACCACUUUCUCUCAUCCGCUCGUCCUCAUCUCUCCGCUGCGUCGGCGAUGA